UGUAACUCACUACCUAGACAAGACUUUCUACAAUCUAACGACAGUAGCUCUUCAUGACUGGGCUACUUACAGUGAAAUGAGAAAUUUAGCGACUCAGCGUUAUGGAUUGGUUAUGACAGAGGCCCAUCUUCCUAGUCAGACUUUGGAACAGGGCCUGGAUGUCUUGGAAAUUAUGAGAAACAUUCAUAUAUUUGUAUCUCGAUACCUCUAUAAUCUCAAUAAUCAAAUUUUUAUUGAGCGAACAAGUAAUAACAAACAUUUGAACACUAUUAAUAUUCGGCAUAUUGCUAAUUCAAUUCGAACACACGGCACAGGAAUCAUGAAUACAACAGUAAGAAGCUUCUGGGAGGGGGCGUGGUACAGAUGUUUGAUGCUGCUGUUUUGUUUGGAAGUUAAAAAAUAGUUUUUUCAUUG